UCCCUCUUUUUCUUUCUUCCCAGCGGUCAUAAUGCUUCGCACUCCGUUGAUUCGGAGUCGGGCUCGCCUGUGCGCCUCGCGCGCCUCGCCCAUUGUUUCGCGAUCGCUGUUCAGCCGUUCCACUGCUUUUGCCGACAUCCGUAGACCAGAUGAGGCCGUACUGCCCGGCACACGCAGCGAGAAUGCCCACGGUGACGUUCCUGAGCCGCCGAAGCUCGGCGCUGAGACUCCCGCUUCGCCAAUUGAUGCCGCUCCCAUCGGCAUUCCCAGAGUCCCUCCCACCCCCGAGGCUGUCGGCGCCACUCCUCCUCCUCCUACUCCUGUCGCUCCUACUGGCCCCAAGCUCGCUGCAGCUCCCCCGUCCAAGCCUAGACGCCGUGGCCGUUUCCGACGCUUCUUGACCACUCUCUUCCUCCUGUCUUCUCUCGGUUUCGCUGGCGGUGUCUACUACUCGCUUCUCUCGGACAACUUCCACGACUUCUUCACCGAGUACGUACCGUUUGGCGAGGACGCCGUCGCAUACUUCGAGGAGCGCGAGUUCCGCAAGCGUUUCCCUAGUCGCAAGCUCGAGGACCGCCAUUACCCUCAGGUCCGCGGCGAGAACAAGGUCAGCAUUGGAAAGAGUAGUGGCUUGACAGCACAGGUCAGCGACGUCAAGUCCGACGAUCGCCGCCAUGUUAGCGCCCUCGAGCCUACCCGCCCUCUGCAACAGCCCUCAGAGGCCACCCCCGCCGAGCGCACUGCAGCUGUCGAGACAGCUGCUCAAAAAGAUGGUAAGCCCCGCCACGAUCUGGAGUCCAAGUCGCACCAUCUCCUGCCAAAGGAAAAUGCCAGUUCUGAACGCAAUUCGCAAACAACAGCCUCCAAGCCCGCCCCUGCCGUCCAGGUCGUCCAAGCACCCACCUCCGCUGCCGCCCCUCUCGACCUGAUGAGCAUGCCCAAUGCCGCCGAACCCGUUGUCCAGGAUGUCGUCAAGAUGCUCAACAACAUCAUCACUGUCAUCAACGCCGACCCUUCUGCCGACAAGUACACAUCAACCAUGGCUGCCGCUAAGGGCCAGGUCGAGAAAAUCGUCUCAGACAUCUCCACUCUCAAGGCCCAAGCGGAGAAGCAGACCGCAGACGAGAUCUCCAACGCCCACACCCUGUUCGACCAUGCCGCCAAAGAGCUUGUCAGCCGUCUUCAAUCGGAAAUGCAAGAGCAGGAAGCCAAAUGGCGCGAGGAGUACGAGAGUGAGCGCGAGAAGCUGUCUCAGUCAUACCAGAACAAGCUCUCAACCGAGCUCGACGUUGUGCGCAAGGUUUCUGAGCAGCGCGCACGCAAUGCCCUGGUCGAGCAAGAGAUCGAGCUGCAGCGUCGCUUCGCAAAGAGUGUGCGUGACCGCGUCGAGGAGGAGCGCAAUGGCCGUUUGGCCCGUCUCGAUGAGCUUUCCAGCUCGGUCUCCGAGCUCGAGAAGCUCACUGGCGAGUGGAACAAGGUCGUCGACAGCAACCUGGCCACUCAGCACUUGCACGUCGCUCUGGAAUCUGUCCGCCACGCCAUCGCCAAGCACGACCACCCUACCCCCUUCAUCAACGAGCUUGCCGCCCUCAAAGAGAUUAGCAACAACAACGAGCUCGUUUCUGCUGCUAUUGCCAGCAUCCCUCCCACUGCCUACCAGCGCGGUGUCCCUAGCUCUGCUCACCUGAUUGACCGUUUCCGCCGUGUCGCCUCUGAGGUCCGCAAGGCUGCCCUCCUCCCCGAGGAUGCCGGUAUUGCUUCCCACGCCGCCUCUGCCGUCCUUUCUCGUUUCAUGUUCAACAAGCAAGGUGCCGGCAUGCCUGAGGGUGAUGAUGUUGAGGCUAUCUUGAGCCGUACCCAGGUCUUCCUCGAGGAGGGUGACAUUGAUGGUGCUGCCAGAGAGAUGAACUCGCUCGGAGGUUGGGCUGGUGUCCUGAGCAAAGACUGGGUCGCUGAGUGCAGAAGAGUUCUGGAGACUAAGCAGGCUGUCGACGUCAUUGCUACCGAAGCCAGACUCCAGAGCCUUCUCGUCGACUAGAUUAUCAAAAAAGCUUCUUGGUGAAUUUGUACAUUUUUCUAGACUAGUUUUCUUUUCCCGCCAAGCUCAAAGCUGUACGAUAUCCAUAUCAUUUCCUAGC